AUGUCUUCUGCUUCGGCAUCCCGAGCUGCCAACCGAAGCGCCGACAUCGAAAACAACGACGCAGACCACCAGCUCCAGCGCUCCCUCGAGUCAACUUGCCGUUCGCCGGAUCCCCGCAUCGCCAGCUAUUCCUCUCGCUCCAGAAACCAAGAAUGGAACUCCAGUCGCAUCAGCGUUGAGUCGGACUACUCAUCUGAGGUAUCAGGUCAGUUCGAUGACGCGGAGGAACCGGAAUCUUUGCACCCAGAGCACAAGGGCGUAUCGGCGGGUGGGAAAGCGACUUCAAAUAACUCUCCUUCUUCGCAUUCGGUUAAGCGACAGCGGUCCAAUGACUGGCCACGGCAGUCGGUGGAGAGGGAGACAGAGUCAACGGGACGGAGGGAACAACAGCAGCAGCAGCAGCAGCUUGCCUCUGGGGCCCCCAGGCGGUGGUUCGGUCACUACAGUAGGCAUGCCUCGCCGGGAGCACGAUCGCGAUCACCGAGACAUAUGCGUCCUGGUCGUCGGUCCCGCUUUGUUGAGGGCCACAUGAACGAUACCGUGAGCGAGAAACCGCCUAGUAUCUUCUUUCCAGACGAAGCGCGCAACGAAACGACGACUCGCGGGCUGACGAAUCGAGGGUCUGGAAUCUUCCGCUUUGGCAAGACCAUUGCGUCCGCCUUCAACCCGUUUGGUGGCUGGAGCGUGUCUGAGAUCUGGAAGGGCUCUCAAACCCAGGAAGGCAACCAGCCGGAGGAGGGCGCGGAUGAUCGGCUCCAGCAAGCGCAACUGGCAUAUGAAGAGCUAAAGCGGGCUGGGUACCAGGGUACUCAGAAGGGAAGUUAUAUCCAGAGCCUUGGAACCGGGGCGGGUGCCAGCCUCCCUGACCAGACAUGGAAGUCUAUCCAGGCGAAGAUGGAGUACGGCAGUGCCAGCGGCAGUGGCGUCGCUCAUCACUCGCGCCAAAGCUCCGGACAGAGUGAGAGUGUCCGUAUUUCUAUGAGCGGGAACUCGCUGCGUCCGACGAUCCCGUUCCCUGAUCUACGAAAGGCAAAGUCGUCGUUGGCGAUUCCUUCCAUAAAGAAACAAGACGGCAUGUCGUCCUUACUGCAGCAUAUAGAUAACCGUGGCCAGGAAGUUCGGCACCAGAAGUCCCGGAAGGACAUGCAGCGGCAGGCGAAGCUCCUGAAGCGAGUCAGUAAUCUCGAAGAUAAGCUUGAACGGGCAAAGCGAGAGCUACGAGAACUUGCGGGGAAGGAAGAUACAUUGCCACGGGGUAGUCUCAACCAGGAGAGACCGUAUCAGCGGAAAUUCGUUCCAGGUGCUUUGCCCUCUUUACCCUCGGAAAGGCUACUGCACGAGUCCGAAACUACCACGCUACCAGAGACAAACACACUUCAAGUUCCCGAGACUGAGGAUCAGGCUCAGAUCCGCAUAAGCAAGACACCACUCAAGUCUCCCAAGUCAUGGCGGAAACCGUCCGAAAGAUCCAGUUCUGCACACAGCCCGUCCCGCAAACGCAAGUCCCCGGACCCUGAAUCCAGGAAGAAACAGGACCAAUCUGAUUCGCACGGACAGCCUCCGCCCAUCCCACAGAUCUAUUCGCAACAGCCGCAGAAAGGGAAAGAAACCCAGAUUCCAGGCCAACCAGAGACAGAGCCAGACUCAGCACUAGCGGAAUCCGACAUCAACCAAACACCCUUGCGCAAGCCGAAACUUCCCAAGAACGCUCGCAGUGAUAGCCCUGGCUCUGUUGAACGAAAACAGAAACAGAAACGUAGCCCUGCGCCGGAGAACACUACCAGUGCAUCACCGGCCGGAGAUAGAGUUUCACCAUCGGUGUCAACAAGCCGACCGCUCCGAUCUACCUCUCGCAAUCGUUCCGCAACUCCAGUGCUACGCAUGAAACGCGGGAGGGGAGAUCUACGCUCCACCGCGUCGCCUGGCCAUGGACAUGGUCGUGGUCGUAGCCCCGGCCCUAGCUUUGAGGACAACAAGGAGAACCAACAUUACCAACACUACGAAGAAGGCGAGGAUCAUACUUCUGAUGGUAGCCCUAGGAAAGUAGAGCAACAGCAGCCGCAGCCCCAUGACGUUGAAGUUACUCAGCAGGAUGAACCCGCAACUCCGAAUUCCAACUCAACUCCCAGCAGGAGAAAAGCGCGGUACGAGUACAUCCCACCCGUGCCUCCGCUCCCCAAGGAUCUUGCUGCGACAGCGGCAAAGGUCGAUCGCCGUUUGGCUAGGGAGAUGGGCAAGAGGAGAGAACAGAUGGAGAGGGACGGGACUGUGACUGCAACCAUUAGGAAGGCUUCUGGCGGCUUUCAGUGGCCGGAGGAGUUCUUUUGA